UUUGUUUGGAUAUUUAUCUGGCUCGUGUAUGUUUAGAGUUCGGUGCCAUUGUUUUUAUUGCUUUUCAGUAAAUGCAAUGGGUUUUGAUGGCAUAGCAUGAGUUGGAAAUAAUACAAGAAUGUUUAGAAUACUAGAAAAGUUAACUCACAGAAUAUGGAAAGAAGUAGCUAAAUAUGUCUAAACAAAUUGUGUGGUAUAGUUCUUCAGACCUAAAUAAUGCCAGAAAGGUUAAAGAAAUGGUGCCAAUUAUGGACCUUAAAGCUUAUGAAGGCUGUUCCAAUUUACCAUCAGGGCUAUCAAGUAUUUAUGGUUCCAUACCAUGAAUUUAGUCUUUCUGUUAUAUUUGCUUAAGAGAAUACAAAAGAGGCUUUUUCCUAUAAUAUUUAUGAAUUUGCUGGUGUUGAACGCUAUAUUAUUGUGUGUAAAGUUGUUGAUGAAUAAUGAAAGCCCCAAUUAUUAAUUUUUAUUUAAUCUGAUGUUGGAUACCCAAAUCAUUGCUGAACCAUCAUUCAGGAAUAUUGGGCCCAAAACAUUUUCAUGGCCUUUGUUGUGUACCACUUAUUUUGUUACUCGUGUUUAUUGAAAUCAAAGGUGUUUUAAGGUUUUAAAAGUCGUACUGGUGAAAUUGUAUUUGACAUCUGUCAUCAAAUAAAUUUUUUGAAAUUUGUUGACAUUAAAAAUAAAUUCAUUAAAACAGUCCUGGCUACUGUGACUAUUUUCAUUUUCCACAUAUGUACCAUGUUGACACACCUAAUUUGACACUUCGACCCGCCUCCUAACGAAUCUUCGGCCAGUAUUGCCGAAACUCAUCCGCGCUAGCUCAAAAUUAGUUUUCGAGGUAGCCGUCGGCCGACGAGACACCUUUUCCCUUUUCCUUCCUUUUAUCAUCUCAGGCUCAGGAUAACGUAAGAACAGAACGAUGGUCACACGGAGGCAGGUUUAAAUUUGGGCGGGAGAGUGGACUUCGCUCACCACUUCCUUAGCAACCGUUGUCAAGUGUGUGUUAGUAAACAAACAUGUCCAUCUAAACAGUUUUUCAUUUUGGCGCUGCCUAGCUGCUGUAUUUCUUUUUUUUUUUCUAGCUAGAAAUGCAGACAACUAGCACAAGAUACACUGUUCUUAUGACAGUUCAGUUUUUUCUUAUAAUCACAGAUUUGUUUAUGAACUCUUUUUCAGAAUUUUUACGCUAUGACAGUCAUUUGCUUCUAAUAUUUUAUGUGAUUCAAGAUUUGUGUCUUAUAUUUGCAUUCACUACAUUACUUUUAUCUUUUUUUUCAACGUACCUCUUCCAGGCUGGCCUUGUGUACUUAAUCUACAACAAAUUUUGUGCAGUAAUUUACAUCAUGUUAUUCUAUUUGACUCUUACAAUUGCGUACCACAGUUGGAGUUUAAAUAUGAGGUGGAGCCAGUCCCUUUCAUAUGUGUGGACUGAAGGGUUACAUACAUUGUAUGUUGUACAAAGAUCAGUUGCUGUUUUAUACUAUCAUCUAUACAAGAGAGCCGUUCUUCGCAUAAGUGAUCCUCGCUUCUACAAGGAUGCUGAUUGGACUCUCGCUAGUAUAGCGGUGCAUUGACACAAACUCCCAAUCCAAUUCAAUGUGGAAUCAGAUGAUAAAGGUGCUCUAAUUUCAUUUCAUUAUUAAAGUCAACAAUAAAUAAAAUUUAGUCAAAUA